AUGGGCUCAUACUCCCCAACAAAAGAGACUGAAAAGGGGCUUCAAGCUUCGCUAGAGGGGACGACUGACGGUACUCACGUGUCAAAUGUUGACUAUGGCACGCAACUCCCCCCCAUCGAUGGCGGAAUGAAUGCCUGGCUGUUCCUCGCUGCCUGCUUCGUUAUGGAGGCUCUCGUCUGGGGAUUUGCAUUCACGUACGGUGUCUUCCAAGCGUACUACAGCGAUAUCCCCCAAUUCAAGGGCUCCGGCAAUAUCGCCGUCGUCGGAACCUGCGCUAUGGGAAUCAUGUAUCUCGACCUCCCUCUUGUCUUUGCCGCCUACCGACAAUGGCCCAAAUACCAGCGCUUCGGCUGCGGUCUAGGUGUGCUACUAAUGUGUGCCGCUCUCGGCCUGAGCUCCCUCGCCACAAAUACAAAUCACCUUAUCAUAACUCAAGGAAUCUUCUAUGCGCUCGGCGGCAGCAUCGCCUACGCCCCCUGUAUCCUCCUAAUGGAAGAGUGGUUCGACCGACGAAAGGGCCUCGCCUUCGGCGUCAUGUGGGCCGGCACCGGAAUCGGUGGUGUCGUCCUCCCCAUCGUCAUGGAACAGCUGCUGGGCAAGUACGGGUUCCGGCUUACCUUGCGUGGCUUUGCAGUCGCGUUGUUUAUUCUCACUGCGCCGCUGGUCUACUUCGUCAAACCCCGCGUGCCGAUCGCAGAUAACCUACCCAGUCCGCCACCCCCGAACUUCCGGUUCAUGUUUACGUCCACGUUUGCCCUCUUCGAGUUUUGCAAUACUAUCGAGGCGCUCGGUUUUUUCUUACCAUCUAUCUACCUCCCAACUUACGUACGUAUGCUCGGUGCCUCGACCUCCCUCCAAGCACUGACUGUUAUCCUCUUCAACUUGGCCUCCGUUGUCGGCUGCGUGCUUAUGGGCGCUAUCAUCGACAAACUCGACGUGACGCUUUGCAUCCUCGUUUCAACUGUUGGAUCCUCUAUCGGCGUUUUCCUCAUCUGGGGCUUCUCUAUGUCCCUUGCUCCUCUGUUCCUCUUCUCAAUCGUAUACGGUCUCUUCGCAGGCUCAUACACCAGUACCUGGCCUGGCAUUAUGCGCGAGAUAGUCCGUAACCAGCCUUCCGCCGAAUCAAGCAUGGUCUUUGCCUGUCUUGCAGCCGGGAGAGGUGUCGGAAAUUUGGUUUCCGGGCCCCUUAGUGCGGCUCUUAUUAAGGGGAUGCCGUGGGAGGGGGACGCAGGGUAUGGAUAUGGGAGUGGAUAUGGAUCCUUGAUUGCUUUCACCGGAGUUACAGGCGUUGUGGGUGGGGGAAGUUAUGUUGCGAAGCGUAUGAAGUGGUUAUAG